UCAAUGGCAUGCCUCCGAUUAGCAGAGCACGUAAAAAAGCCAUACAAUAAAAAAGGGUGGGCUAUUGUCUCCAACAGGAAGAGCGCAUCACGCACAAGCGCGCCGCAGCUGCGCUAUUCAGGAAGUUUUUCUUUCGUUUUGGUACUUUUGUGGGAUCUGUUCGCUGAUAUAAGCAUUGAAAAAUGAAAGAAAAGCUUUCCCAAGUGAGAUGCCAGUUCAUAGAACAAGUGUCCUCAGUAAAUAUCACGCAGCUCCUGGACGGCCUCCUGAAAGACCGUGUCUUCAAUUAUGAAGAGAAGGACUCAGUGAUGGAAGACCAUACUAAACGAGCCAGGGCUCGCUCUCUUCUAGACAUGGUGAUCAGCAAAGGAAACUCAGCCAGCGAGAAGAUGAUUGGUCACCUGGAAAGAAUUGACCCCAUACUUUGUUCUGAUCUGGGUCUGUCCUGCAAUCAGUCUGCUCAGCCAGCUACACCGCCUCCGGGGGCUCUGAGUGGAUCCGGUACAGCUGCCUGCACAGUGGAGGAGUUCUGGAAGGCUAAACAGAGUGAUUCAAGCGUUUACUCUGUAACCAAAGCUUCCUAUCGGAGCCGUGUUGCCCUGCUGAUCACGAACAUCGAGUUUUCUCACGAGGCGAGAAGAAACGGGGCUGAGAAAGAUGAAGAGAAGAUGGAGAAACUGCUCAAAAACCUGGGUUAUGAGGUGGUGAGACACAGAAACUGCACUGGGCAGGAAAUUAACAACGCUUUAACCGACUUCACUGACCACCCCAAACUAAAAGAGACCGACAGCGUUGUGGUGGUCAUCAUGUCUCAUGGAAAACUGGGAGCAGUUCUUGGAGUCAACUGGAAAGAUGGUGAUGAUGACCCAGACGAGUUCCCCAUCAACAACAUUUUCACACUUUUAGGUCCAGAGAAGUGUCCUAAGCUGGUGAACAAACCAAAAGUCAUCAUCAUCCAGGCCUGCAGAGGAGGCCAGAAAGGUUCUGUCCUUUGCAGCGAUGCUCCAAACCAGGCUGACGCUGUUCCACCGCCUGAAGAAGGGUUUGAAGGUGACAAUCUUCGUUUUGUACACAAAGAAAAAGACUUUAUUCCUCUCCUCUCCUGCACUCCUGAUGCAGUGUCAUACAGACACAGGGAACAGGGGUCCCUCCUCAUCCAGUACAUGGCUGAUAUUUUUGAAGCCCACUCUGAUCGGGACCACAUCUAUGAGCUAUUCCGAAAGGUCUUGCAGCGCUUCGAAGACAGGGAAGUGAGGAACUGCCUGCAGAUGCCAACCAUGGACAGACUGACUCUAACCAAACACUUCUAUCUCUUUCCGGGCCUCGUGGACACAAACCAGUAGCACCACCUGCUUUUGUUAACAUUGAGCCAAUGUUUAAAAUAUAUGACCAACAAUUUUUUUAAUUAACAAUGAGCUUUUGUCUUUUUAUUAACCGAUUUCACAUUCUGUAACUGCUCAGUUUUAUUCACAUUUUAAUUUGAAAUCUUGAUAUUUAUUUUUUUAUGCUGUCAUUUGAUAAAAUGUCUUUUUUCCAGAUGACAUGUUUUUUAAAAACCAAACAGAAUUUUAGACAAACUGUAAAAAAGAUUUUGACACCAAACAGAAAAAACACAGAGAGGAUUAAAGAACUAUUGAUUUG